AUGCCAAAGAAGAGAGCUUCCAACGGUAGAAACAAGAAGGGCAGAGGCCACGUCAAGCCAGUCAGAUGCGUCAACUGCUCCAAGUGUGUGCCAAAGGACAAGGCCAUCAAGAGAAUGGCCAUCAGAAACAUUGUUGAGGCUGCUGCUGUCAGAGACUUGUCUGAGGCCUCUGUGUACCCAGAAUACGCCUUGCCAAAGACCUACAACAAGUUGCAAUACUGUGUUUCUUGCGCUAUCCACGGCAGAGUCGUCAGAGUUAGAUCCAGAGAGAACAGAAGAAUCAGAGCUCCUCCUCAGAGACAAAGAUUCGUCAGAGACAAGAACAUCUCUCCAGCUGACGCUGCCAAGAAGGCUGCUUAA